GAUAAUGAUUGUUCAACUAUAUAACAUUAGGAUAGUUUGUUGUUCAAUAUCACAUUUCAAAAUUAAAUUGCACGGUGAAAUUAUUCUGGUCAUCGACAAUCAUUAAGAGAGAAAUCUAGCAAUGGAUAUGGACGGAAUAGAGCAUAAGAUGGUAGUGGUUAACGGCAUAAACAUGCACGUAGCAGAGAAAGGAGAAGGACCAGUUAUUUUGCUUCUUCAUGGUUUUCCUGAGCUUUGGUACACAUGGAAGAAACAGAUGAUUGGUCUAGCUUCAUGCGGAUACAGAGCCGUGGCUCCUGACCUUCGCGGUUACGGAGACACAGAUGCACCAUCAUCUUUCACCAAGUACACAACUCUCCACAUUGUUGGUGAUGUCGUCGCUCUCAUCGAUUCCCUUGGCCUAGACAAGGUGUUCGUCGUUGGACAUAACUGGGGCGCAAAUAUUGCCUGGGCACUUUGUUUGUACCGUCCUGAUCGAGUAAAGGCUUUGGUGAACAUGAGUAUCCCCUUUAUUCCACGAAACCCUUCAACUAAACCCACCGACAGAUUGCGAGCUGCCUUUGGCGAUGAGUACUACAUGAUCCGUUUCCAGGAACCUGGAGUAAUGGAAGCUGACUUUGCUACUGUUGGUGCCGAAACAGCUUUUAAAAAACUUUAUACUACUCCAAGUCCAUUGAUACCUACAGAUAUAGGGUCAUGGGUUCCACCCAACACCACAAUAACCUUGCCGUCUUGGUUAUCUCAAGAAGACGUUGAUUAUUACAUAAGCAAAUUCGGAGAGAAAGGCUUCACCGGAGGAAUUAACUACUACCGUGCUCUUGAUCUGAACUGGGAGUUGACUGCAGCAUGGUCUGGAGCAAAAGUGCAAGUACCUGUUAAGUUCAUCGUUGGGGAGAAUGAUUUGAGUUAUAAUAACGCACCUACAAAAGCAUACGUAAACGGAGGUGGUUUCAAGAAAGAUGUUCCACUCCUUGAGGAAGUAGUUGUAAUGGAAGGAGUUGGACAUUUCAUUAACUUGGAAAAACCAGAUGAAAUCAACAAACAUAUUUGUGAUUUUUUCGGCAAAUUUUGAUUGUUUGAUUUCUUUUGAUUUUGAUUGUGACCUGUGAAUGUGUGAUAUUGACAUUUUCUUGUAUUUAAAUAAAGAGUUCGAUUUGGAACUAUACUUUCAUGUCAUGAAGGGACAUAUAAUUUUGUUUGUU